GUGGCCAAUAAUGACUGCGAUCAUGUCAAAGUGAGGCAGAGAAAGGGAAGGCCUUGUCUUGAGAGAUUUUUGCUUCUCUUGCUUGCACAGGCAGUGUGAUGUCAGCGGUGGCAGUGCUGGUGUAAUUGACUCGGUAGGGGUGAUGGCGUCAUUUUAUGCCCCGCUGUAGCCUCCUGCUUCAAUAGCGAAGGUGGAGACGGAGCUUUAGCCGACGCGACCGUGGCUCCCUUGGCCCGGAUCGAGCACCGCCGAGCCGGACACCUCACCACGGGAAACAUGGAGGCUGCGGCCGAGGAGCUGCUGGCCGGCUCUCGGCUACCUGUCACUAUCGAUCAAAUCGUUAACGAUACGCUAUUGGUGACGCUGACCUAUCGAGAUAGGAGCUAUACGGGGAUAUUACUUGACUGCAACAAAAAGACCGGGCUCUUCUGUUUACCAGAUUUCGCAACAAAACCAGUUGACUUCGCAGUAUCUAAAGAAACUUGUGUAAUACCAGAAGUUCAGGGUGAGGAGCAAGAUUCCAAAUCUCCCAGCCAGGCAUCACAAAGACCAAAGGAUGAAAAUACUCUCCCCGAAAGCAGUAUACCUACUGCGCCUCUACUUUGUCCAGUUCCCACACCAGUGCCAGCUGGGCAGAUGCCCUACCCUCCUUAUUUUGAAGGAGCCCCUUUCCCCCAUCCUUUAUGGGUACGCCAUAGCUACAGCCAAUGGGUACCACAGCCCCCUCCCCGACCCAUAAAGAGGAAGAAGAGGCGGACACGAGAGCCCGGCCGCAUGACGAUGAGUACUAUCCGUCUGCGGCCACGGCAAGUACUUUGUGAAAAGUGCAAAAACACCUUGAAUAGUGAUGAGGACAGCAAAGAUGGCUUGAACAAUACAAAGAACUCUAGAAAAGAGAAUACACUACAUAGUGACGAUGAUGGUGAUGAUAAAGAUGCACCUAAUAAACUCUCGAAGAAAAAUGAUGUAGUUGCAGCCAAGGACAAUAAGAGACGGGAAAAUGGCACCAGCAUUGACAGCAAGCGCCUCAGGAAAGACAAAAGAAGUGAAGCUGAAGGGGAUAAGUUCCCUGGAGGUGAUGUUAUCCCCCACAGUCCAGUCAUAAAAAUUUCAUACAGCACUCCACAAGGCAAGGGAGAGGUCAUGAAGAUUCCUUCGCGAGUCCACGGUUCAGUAAAACCAUUCUGUCCCAAGCAGCUAGCGCAUAAUGGCUUGGGAGACAAUGGCAAGAUAUCUUCUAAUCCUACCAAGGAGCAAAGACACAUUUUAGACGCUCGGCGUUCUGGUCUCACAGUAUCCAUUCCCAAACUCAAACUGACAAGGCCGUUCACUACAGUGUGUCAGGAUUUACCAUCUCCAAAUAUCCGCUUGAGACACCCACAGAGGAAGCAUGAUGAGAGCAUGGUUGAGUACGAGGCGGAACUUGUAGGAGAUGCCAGAAGACGAAGUCCAAGGGCACCAGGACCCUGCCUCACCCACUCUGAGGACUCGGGGGAAGGCAAGAACUCUCUGGAGUUGUGGUCAGGGAGUUCUGGAGAGGAAGCAGAGCGCGGCCACAAUGACCUAACCCUUCUCAUCAAUUUCCGUAAGCGAAAAGCAGAUUCCUCUAGCCUGUCAGUUUGCAGCAGUGACAGCCUAGAUGAGUCAAAGUCCUUCAGCUCUGAUGGCACGUCACCAGAGCUCUGCGAUUUGGCUCCUGGUGAAGACCUCUCUGUAACCUCAUCUUCAAUACCUUCACGGGACGAUUGCAAGACAGUGCCCCCGCUCACUGUGCGGCUUCACACUCGCAGCAUGACAAAAUGUGUAACUGAAGAAGGUCACGCUGUGGCGGUGGGAGAUAUUGUGUGGGGAAAAAUCCAUGGCUUCCCCUGGUGGCCCGCACGUGUCCUCAGUAUCAGCGGCACCCGCAAAGAGGAGACUGCUACAUGUGAGGCCCAGUGGCCCCAGGCAAAGGUGGCAUGGUUUGGUUCCCCUACCACAUCCCAGCUCUCUGUUGCCAAACUUUCACCAUUCAGAGAGCUCUUCAGGUCUCGUUUCAACCGCAAAAAGAAAGGGAUGUACCGGAGAGCCAUCUUGGAGGCAGCCAAAGCUGUUGGACACAUGAGCCCAGAGAUUACAUCUCUACUUUCUCACUGCGACACAUAGGAGGCUGUGCGCUGAAGGGAUGUCUCCGAGUUUUUUUUUUUUUUUUGUGUGAAUUCUCAGACCCUGUCAUCAAGACCCAGGAGGGAGUAUGUGCGGUUGCCUCGGCGACUAUUUAUAUGCUGUUCCCCCCACCCCCUUCUUCUUUCGUUUCUUUUUCACAAGACUGUUGUAAAAUGGCUGCCUAGGUGGAGGGAUGUUUAGGACAUGGGAGCAAAAAAAAGCCAUGCACCUCAUGGUCUGGUGGGACUAUUCCUCGUUUUUGUUUUUUUUCUACAAUCAUAUUUCGAUACAACCGAACAACGAGCGACAUAACAAGAACCAGAAUGUAUUUAUUAUAUUUUCAAAAUCCAUCUUUUUAUCUGGAAAAACAUCCCAGUGUGCUGCUGUCAUGUCUAAAAUGCGAGCGUCGCCCACCCACCGUUUGUACAAGGACAUUUGAUGUAACGGUUCAAAAAGUCUUACCCUUUUGUUUAACAUCUACAAAAUGUGAACAGCUCCAUCA